GGGGGUUGUAGUUUAAUUCCUGCUGCAGGACGGGUUUUCCAGGAUGGCUGACGUGCAACCUCCUCCCUUCAGAACCCUUGACGACUUCGUUCUGGGCUCGGCUCGGUUCGCUGCCCCGGAUGUCCGAGACCUGCAAAAAUGGAACAACCGAAUAAUUAACAACCUCCUGUAUUACCAGUCCAAUUACUUCAUAUUCGCACUCGUGUCCCUUGUAAUAGUCGGGUAUUUCCAGCCCAUCAAAAUGCUGCUAGGGGGCGCCGUGGUGACCCUGGUGUUCCUGGGCUUCGUGUGGGGCGCCGAGAACCGCGCCGUGGUUCGCCGUUUCCGUAGAAACCACCCGACGCUGGGGCUGCUGGCCAUCAUGGGCGCCAGCUACCUGCUCCUGUAUGUGAUGGGCGCGGUGGCUGUGUUCGUGUUCGGGAUCGCCUUCCCCAUUCUGAUGAUCCUGCUCCACGCCUCACUGCGCCUGCGCAACCUGAAGAACAAGCUGGAGAACAGGAUCGAGAGCAUCGGGCUGAAGAGGACACCCAUGGGGCUGCUGCUGGAGGCGCUGGGGCAGGAGCAGGAGGCGGGGUCCUAGAGAGAGAGGGGAGGGGGAGGAUGAGGAGGC